UCUCUUUCUCUCUCUCUCUCUCUCUCUUUCUCUCUCUCGCAUUCUCUCGUUCUCUGCUUCCUCUCCCUCCCUUCCGUGUCCUUCUCCCUGUUCCCCUGCCUCCUGCAUUCGCACGGUGAGAAGGCGGAAGGAAUCUGUGGCUUUCUCAGCCUUCUCGCCGAGAGGAAUCUGCCCGUCGGGAGGACCAGCGCUGCUCCCCGUGAGGACAGGGAUGGGAAGAGGAUCUGUCUGUGUGCCACUCAGAUGAUGACACGCCCACAGGAGAUUUGAAACAGAGAGGACGGACCAAACGACUGCAAGCACCGCGACUGUAACCCCCUGCAACAACCUUGACUGACCAGUAGAGGGCAGCUGCCUCCACCUCCUCAGUGUUACAGAGACCCCCCGUUUUGUCCAAGGAGGGGUUGCAGGCAGACACAGAGGGUGACACACCUGGUGAUGAAGAGGAGGACAUGGAGCUCUUCCACCCCAUGGACGACUCACCGGCCUUCAUCACCAUGAUGACCUCGGACCACCCCCAAAGCAGACUAUCAGGGAGUAACCACAGUGUGGCGAAUGGAGCUCUCCCUAACAACUGGAACCAAGAGGGCCAAGGGCAACGGCGUCUUAAGGAACUGCAUUUGAGGGAAGGGCGAAGGCGGAGACAGAUUCCAGAGAAGCCCAAUCACGCGCUCAGCCUGUGGAGUGUCAUAAAGAACUGCCUGGGCAAGGAGCUGUCCAAGAUCCCAAUGCCUGUGAACUUUAACGAGCCGCUGUCGAUGCUGCAGAGGCUGACGGAGGACCUGGAGUACAGCGAGCUGCUGGACUCGGCCUCCGCCUGCCGAAGCUCGCUGGAGCAGCUGUGCUACGUGGCGGCCUUCUCCGCCUCCUCCUACUCCACCACCGCCCACCGCACCACCAAGCCCUUCAACCCCCUCCUGGGGGAGACCUACGAGCUGGACCGUCUGGAGGACUGCGGCUACCGCUCUCUGUGUGAGCAGGUGAGUCACCACCCCCCUGCUGCUGCCCACCAUGUGUGGUCCCAUAGGGGGUGGAGCCUGUGGCAGGAAAUCACCAUCGACAGCAAGUUCCAUGGGAAGUGUGUCUCCGUGAGGCCUCUGGGUACGAUACACCUGCAGUUUCACGCCAGUGGGAACCACUACACCUGGAGCAAGGUCACCUCCACAGUGCACAACAUCAUCCUGGGAAAGCUGUGGAUAGACCAGUCAGGAGACAUUGAAAUAGUAAAUCAUGUGACAAAGGACAGCUGCCGCCUCACCUUCUGUCCCUACAGCUACUUCUCCAGGGACGUCUCGCGAAAGGUGACAGGUGUGGUGAUGGACAGUGAGAACACAGCACACUUCGUCCUGUCUGGUACCUGGGAUGACAAAAUCGAGAGCGCCAGGAUCAUCGGGAGCAGCCAGGCAACAGGCGGACAGAAGACCGUCUACCAGACCGAGUCGCCACGGCAACUGUGGAAAAAGUACCCCCUGCCGGAGAAUGCAGAGAACAUGUACUUCUUCUCCUCGCUGGCCCUGACCCUGAACGAGCCGGAGGAGGGCGUGGGACCGACGGACAGCCGCCUGCGGCCCGACCAGCGGCUCAUGGAGGCGGGGCUGUGGAGCGAGGCUAGCGCCGAGAAGCAGCGCCUGGAGGAGGAGCAGAGAGAGAGGAGGAAGAGGAGGGAGGCAGGUGUGGAUGAUGGCCACCGACCACUGUGGUUCGAGAGAAGGACAGACCACUUCACUGGGGAGAGCAGUUUUGUGUAUAAGGGCGGGUACUGGGAGGCUAAGGAAUGUCAGGACUGGAGCAUGUGUCCCGAGAUCUUCUGAGACUCCGCCUCUGAUGCUGUGACAUCACAGAGUGGGGUGGAGGGUGGAUGAAUGAUUGACAGGUGGCAAUGGAGCCGGUUCUAUGUGCGGGGACUGUCUGAGGUGUGGUACGUCUGUGUGUGUGUGUGUAAUGCACAUGUAUGAUCCCUGAAUCUGCUCAUCUAGUUCAGCCCUCCAAACCUUCCAAAACCAGGAGCUUCAAACACAUUUACCCAUAAUGCACCUUUUCUCGGCCCAGUGUCCCAGCUUAUGAAACAGCCGUCUUGUUUGGCACAUUUGAAUCCAUUUUCAAAACCACCUCCACCAGGACAAACCAUGAGAAACAACAAGAGGUUCUGUGCUGUAGGCUGUGCUGUCCAGUGCAUGUGGAGCAUUCACAGAUUGUAUCCAGGAACUAUUUCCUUAGAAAAUUAUCAGCGUCACUAUGUCUUAUAAGUACUCCCCGAAACAUGGAAGUAGAUGUGGAAUGUGGUCGUGGGUGGAACACUUGUAAACGAAGAUCAGAGUUUAGAAAGCACAUCUUUUCACUGGUUUAUGUCUGCCUAAGUGGCUAGCUGAGUCAUGGCUUCUAGCUAACGUUGACCAUUGGCUCUCAUAUGCAGCUCUUAGCCAAUGUAAUUAGAUUGGACCACGCCUCAGAGCAGCAAUACACUGAGCCUAUCAACUGCCACUGUUAAGAAUGCAGAAGAUUUGCCAGAAAUGAAAUACACGCCGUUUUGUGCGGCGUUCAUGUUCUGCAGAGAUAGAUGCUUCAAAGUUUCCUCGCUCCGUGACCUUCAUAGCUAGCAUUCCUCCGAGUUACGCGUUUAUACAGCUGAGGCAGGCUGGGCUUAAAGCUGAGCUGCUUAUGAAAGCGGCCCUUAUCCAGUCCACGGUCCACCACCCCUAAGACCACCCUCGUGUGAAAAGCACUAGUUUUCAAACUGAACGUUACUUUAAAAAAGGGCUCUUCAAGGAGGAAGCUUUGAAUUUAACUGCACAUGCAAAAAAAAAAAAAA